CGCUGCAGCACACGCAUGGUUUUGAUUGUAUGAUGUGAUAUUAUGAUAUAAUCGCUAUUUCUUCCGAUUCCUUUUUAAAAUGUCCCGUGUAUGGUAUAUUUGCCGUAAAUAUUAUCCGCAUCAUGUAGGUCAGUCCGAAGUAUGGAUCGUUCAAAUAACGAUCGUCUCAUUCAGUUGAUUUGUUUUGUAAUAGCAACCGAUGUCAUUUUAGAUAACGUUUACAGUGCUGAAUUUAGAGCUUAUGUAUCCCGAUGACGUUUACGCAAACUGUCAACACAGAUCAAAACAUAUCGCCUGGCGAAUCGAGUUGGGUCAACUUAGUGAGUUGAAUUUUGCAUUUACUUACGAUCAGUAGAUUGUUGGGUUAAAUUUUUAUACUUAAGAGACAACCAUGUUCACCUUGUGGUCAUUGGUAGAAGCUUCAUUACUUUUCCUGAACGCUGUAUGUGUUUUAAGCGAGGAGAGAUUCCUGUCCAAAUAUGGAUGGGGUAUGUCAGCGCAAGUGCAAGGAUUCGGAGAACCCACGUCAACCAAAGCACAGAUAUUGUUGCUCGUCCGGUCCAUACGAACCGUAGCCAAAAUUCCUUUAAUAUUCCUUAACAUAAUAGCAAUAAUGUUUAAAUUAAUUCUUGGCUGACGACCACGCGCCGUUCAACUUUGUGUAUUGCUGUAUGAAUAAAUAUAUCAUCUAACGCGGA